UUUGUUCUAGCAAAUUCCAGUCUGUCCUGUGUUUCAAACCUACUUGCUUCUGUAAAUGUCAGAUUUACUAUGAUGCAUAACUUAAUCCUUAGCGUCUGGGGACAAUGUUAUGCAUACCGGAAUCUAAGGUUGAAGUAUUGUAUUUUGCAAAGAGUGCUGAAAUAACAGGAGUUCGUUCAGAGACCAUUUCUGUGCCGCAAGAAAUAAAAGCAUUGCAGCUGUGGAAGGAGAUAGAAACUCGACAUCCUGGAUUGGCUGAUGUUAGAAAUCAGAUAAUACUUGCUGUUCGUCAAGAAUAUGUCGAGCUUGGAGAUCAGCUCCUCCUGCUUCAACCUGGAGACGAAAUUGCCGUUAUCCCCCCCAUUAGCGGAGGAUAGUGCUUUUGAGCCAUCUAGGAAAGAUAUGGAUGAAGUUGAAGAGAAAUCUAAAGAUGUUAUAAACUUUACUGCCGAGAAACUUUCAGUAGAUGAAGUCUCACAGUUGGUGAUGUCUCCGCUCUGUGGUGCAAUAUCCCUAUUUGUAGGGACUACAAGAAAUAACUUUGAAGGGAAAAAAGUCAUUAGCUUAGAAUAUGAAGCGUAUCUACCCAUGGCGGAAAAUGAAGUCAGAAAGAUUUGUAGUGACAUUAGGCAGAAAUGGCCGGUCAAACACAUAGCAGUGUUCCAUAGACUUGGCUUGGUUCCAGUGUCAGAAGCAAGCAUAAUCAUUGCUGUGUCCUCAGCCCACAGAGCUGCAUCUCUUGAAGCUGUGAGCUAUGCCAUUGAUACUUUAAAAGCCAAGGUGCCCAUAUGGAAAAAGGAAAUAUACGAAGAGUCAUCAUCUUGGAAAGGAAACAAAGAGUGCUUUUGGGCCUCCAGCAAUUAAUCUCUUAUGUUUUUAGAGCAUGCAAUCUUAACUUUGUUAAACUAUUAUUAUUGAUCACAUUUUGAUUUUUUUCUCUCCACAUCAGGGUAGUUUACUGAAGCACAAUCUCUUAUGUUAUACUAGCGGGACAAAAGGGAGAAAAAGGAAGCAAGAUGUAGGAUGUAGGAUGAAGGGUUAUUUAAAAUGGAACUAAAGAUAGAAGGAGGACUGUAGGAAGAAAUGGAAUAAUUUAAAUGUGAGGAAAGGUAUCUGUGGUAGACAUGUACUUCCAUGGCUAAUUUCUAAUUGUAACUCAACACACAUUGAGGUACUGGCCCUCCUCAGUGACUUUAACUAGCUCAGAAACAUACUCCCCCACCAACCCCACCUCACCCCCACUCCUGUCCCGGUUCAGGGAGAGCAUUGUUAUUAAGGAUGCAUGACAGGAAUGUUGGCAGAACUGGAAAGUAUUAAAUCAUUAUCAGUCUUGAUAUUAUAUAUUUUCAGAAAUAUAUUAAAAAUAAUAAACUAAAACCCAUGAUUUCAAAAGUUUAAAAA